AUGCCGGGGACGACGAGGACAUGGCUGGUGGUCGCGACGGUGCUCGUGGCCGCCACGGUGGCGACGGCGAACGUGGAGACGGGUGAGUUGGGGGAGUACUAUAUGAAGCGCUCGCAGGAGGCCCGGUUCCGGCGAGGCGGCCCCCUCCAUGACAUCAUCAGCGCCGCUCAUCGCUACCACCAGAACCUCUUCAGUUCCAGGUACGGCUCAGGCCGGCGGUACCUCCUGGAGGAGGGAGAAGCAGCAGCCGGCGCGGAAGCCCCCGCCGACUCUACCGGCGAUGCUACUCCUAUCCACAAUACGCUCAGGGAUCACGAAAUGAUGGGCGCAUAA